AUGUGUGGAGAGACUUCCACGUGGCGGACAUAGAACUCAUACGGAGAGGAGUGGAUCACCCAUAACGGAGGAACUGGUCCAAGUGUAGCCGGUAAAACGUACACCAAGCCAAGUUACCGGUUAGGGCCAGUUACAGUUACGAGGAUCAAACUUCAGAGUUUAAAAUGCCUCGGGGGUUUAAGCUUUGAGAGGUUGGGUGGUUCUCUGGGGUUUUUUUAUUUUAAUGAUCAGACAGAACCCAGUUUGAUAGAGACUAAGGUAUAUAUGUCCUUGGCUCAGGUGGGCAUAAAUUGUCCUCGAUGAUGGGGUGAAGUGGGGUUGCUCGAAUACUUAUUUAAAUAGUCUUAUUCCGGCUGUCUGCAAAUUCAGAAUGCUCUUUAUUUUUACCUAAUGAGGAGUUUGGAGUACAAUUUCACUGGCUACCAGGUUCCUGUUAUUCCUCGAGCUUCAAGAUCAGCAAGGGGUAGGGGACCAAUCAGAAAGAAGUGUGGGGGCAAUCAGAUACGAGCGUUUGAAAUUUUAGCUAGUGUAGCGGGCACUUUAUUGCAAGAGAGUGAAAGCUCUGUUCCGACCAAUGCUGCUUGUGUAAAGGAUUCACACCACAUUCUGUAUUCCAACAUUAAGAGAGAGAGGGGGGAUGAAGGAGAAUCUUUAAAGAAAGACCCUUGUCGUCAUGGAAAUUGCAGUGAUAAAUCCUUUGCCCAUUCUCCAGGUUUGCAAGAACACCAUAAAAGCUACAGAGUGAAUGGGUUUUCCCAUGCUCGGGACAAUCAUAUGCUUGAGAUUGAUUCUACAUCAAAUACUUAUGGCCAGUCAGAGAUGAUAUUCUUUGCUGAGAAAUGGGCUACUGUGAGUAGCACAAGUAACUGUGGAUGUUCCUCAAGCAGUAUACUCGGUAAUUCCCCUUGCUUUGGGGAGCAUUUUGAAGACAAAGUAGGAUGCGUGUUUGAGGGGAAGUUAGGAGCUGAAUCAUAUGAAAGUAAAGGUAAAAAAGAUGGAAUUCCAUGUGUUAUUGGCAGUUCCAAGGAUCUGAUCAAACUGGACAUGGAACCUCAUGCCCGGGUUGGUUCAGAAAGUGAUGCAAAGGCAUCUUUGUUGAGGGACUGCAUAAGUCAUGGUCCUUUUCCAAAGCAUUGUGAUAAUUUGAAAGUAGUUAGUAGAGAUGAUGAUGAAAACUCUGUUGAGUGUACUCAACCCAGCACCAUAUCAAAGUUCUCUAGGCCACCACCAGAUAUUGAAGAGAGGAGAAUAAAGAAACUUUCUGCUGCUAGACAGUGGAGACAAUCUCAAAAUCUGAAGGGUGGAAAAAUGAAGCCAAUGUAUUGCAAUGGGACAUACUAUCAUAUAGAUGAAAGAUCUCAGAAUGUCUAUCCUUUCAAGAAGAGGAAGUUCUAUAGUCAAAGCCCACUAUGCCCAUCUGAUGGCGGAUUCCACCAUGAAGACAUAAGCAGUUUUCCCAAAAAGAGAAAUUGUGACAACCGUUCUGCAGCAGUUGGAGCAUCAUCCUCAGUAACAGGUCAAGUACAUCCUGAGUCCAAGGGUUGUAAUGUGAAGCUCAGCAUUAAGUCUUUCAAGGUCCCAGAGCUCUUUAUAGAGAUUCCUGCAACUGCAACUGUUGGUUCAUUGAAGAGGACAGUUAUGGAGGCAAUGACUACUGUACUUGGAAAUGGACUGCAUGUUGGAAUCCUGCUUCAGGGAAAGAUGGUCAGAGACGACAACAAAACCCUACUGCAGACUGGGAUCUCUCAAGAUCAGAAGCGUCAGAACUUGGGCUUUAUAUUGGAGCCCAGACACACCCAAAUCACACCACCUGCGUGUACUGAAGAUCCUUCUUUGUUAUCUGGUGGCACGUCUCAUGGGAUUUCCAGAUCUGGAACAUCUUAUGUCUCCCCAGAUCCUCUGUUGAAUUUGAGCAGUUGUGUUGAAAGCAACCUCAACAUAGUUCCCUCCCUUGCUGAUAUUUUAACUGGCAAUGACUUGCCAGAGACCCAGGCCUUAGUUGCAGUUCCAUCAAGCAGCACAGAGGCAUUGGCUGUGGUUCCCUUUCAUUGGAAAUCACAUUCUGAAUAUGUACAGCGCCGAAUCAGGAGACCUUUCUCUGUUUCAGAAGUAGAAGCAUUGGUUCAGGCAGUUGAGAAACUUGGAACUGGAAGGUGGCGUGAUGUUAAAUUGCGAGCUUUUGAUAGUGCAAAUCAUCGGACUUAUGUGGAUUUAAAGGAUAAAUGGAAGACAUUAGUGCACACAGCAAGAAUCUCCCCUCAGCAGAGGAGGGGAGAGCCUGUUCCACAAGAACUUUUAGACAGGGUGCUAGCUACCCAUGCCUACUGGUCACAGCAUCAGACUAGGCAAGGCAACAGCUCAAAACAGCUUUCUGAGGGCUUGGCUUCUUGAGAAAUACAAAGGAGCGUGUAGAUCAGAAGAAAGGGUAUGAGUUCAGAUCUGUUGUAAUGUAAAAAAAAAGAUCAAUUAUAUCUCCUUCUCCAUGCGAAGUGAUUGGUCCUCUCUGUACAUGAUUUGUUGAAGAAGUGCCAACAUGCCUAAGAGAAAUGACAAAGUAGAUCAGUGUUAAUCUCUGGGAUGUAAAAAGUUGAUGAUGUCUUGCUGCAAGCAAUUGUGUUGUAGAUUCUCAAGUGUUGUCGUUCUCUAUUGUAUAUUAUACUAUUUUAAGUCCAUGUCCAUGUCUAUGUCAAAGGAGCUGUAUUUUUACUGACCC